AGAGGCGCAUCUAACGUCGGAUCCACCACAGCACGCUCAACGCCUUUAACGUAGCAGCGUUGUUAAAAAAAAAUCAAACAUCUGGCUGUUGACAAAAAUCACGUUUUCUAUGUAGUCAACGGCCGUCCGGACCAGCUGUCUAUCCCGGUUUGAGACCAGAAAAUAUGGACUGGACAGUGAGCAGUCGGACCCGGCUGUGGUGCAUUUUGGCGUUGCUUUGCUGCGCUGGUCACCCACAAAAGGGGUUUUGCAGUGCAAGCACAGUUUCCCUUCCUGAAAGCCUGCUCUUUGUGUCCACCUUGGAUGGAAACCUCCACGCUGUUAGCAAGAAGUCAGGCUCUAUAAAAUGGACUCUGAAAGAAGAUCCAGUUCUUCAGGUCCCCACACAUGUGGCAGAACCAGCCUUUCUGCCUGACCCCAAUGACGGCAGCCUAUACUCUCUGGGAGGAAAGAACAACGAAGGCCUCACAAAAUUACCGUUCACUAUCCCUGAGUUGGUCCAAGCUUCUCCCUGUCGCAGCUCUGAUGGAGUCCUUUACAUGGGCAAGAAGCAGGACUUGUGGUAUGUGGUGGACCUGUUGACUGGUGAGAAACAGCAGACCCUGACUUCCUCCUUUGCUGAGAUGCUGUGUCCCUCUUCAUCUCUUCUCUAUCUGGGACGCACAGAGUAUACCAUCACAAUGUAUGACACCAAAAGCAGGGAACUGCGCUGGAAUGCCACCUAUUCUGACUACGCCUCCACUCUUCCUGAUGACGACACCAAAUACAAGAUGGGUCAUUUUGUGUCCAACGGUGACGGCCUUGUGGUGACUGUGGACAGCGAAUCAGGGGACGUUCAGUGGGUGCAGAACUAUAACUCACCGGUGGUGGCCAUGUAUAUCUGGCAACGCGAGGGCCUCCGCAAAGUUGCCCACACUAAUGUGGCCGUGGAAACCCUGCGUUACCUCACCUUCAUGUCUGGAGAGGCUGGCCGCAUCACCCAGUGGAAAUAUCCAUUUCCCAAAGAGAAGCCUCAAAACAAGUUCAUGGCCACUUUGUAUGUGGGCAAAUACUCCACCAGCCUGUAUGCCUCUCCCUCCCUGGUGCAUGAUGGAGUCACUGUGGUGCCUCGUGGUAGCACCUUCCCCAUGCUGGAGGGUCCUGACAGCAAGGAGACUGAAGAGGACAAGGAGUGUGUCAUCACACCCAGCACCAGUGUCAAGUUCAAUGCCGCGCUCCGAGAGCGAAACCGUAUCAACUUCAUGAGGAACUACCUGCUCCUCAUAGGUCAUCAUGAGACGCCCCCUGAAGCUCACACCAAGAUCCUGGCGAAGUUCCCAGACAGCUUCCCUCGCAAUCAGGGCAACGUCAUCCCGCCUACUACGGACAAGAAAGUUGAGGAGAAGGUGAAUGAUAGUGGUAUGGACGAUGGCCCACCUCCUUUGCAAGAAACAUCUAUCGAAGAACCUGGUACCAGUGCUCGCACUGUGCGUCCAGAGGCCCCUGUGGACACUAUGCUCAAAGACAUGGCCACCAUCAUAUUCUCCACUUUCCUCCUGGCUGGCUGGGUGGCCUUUGUAAUUACCUACCCAAAAAGUGUUCACAAACAGCAGCAGCUGCAGCACCAGGAGUUCCAGAGGCAGAUGGAGGAGAGGCUGGAGCUCCUCCAGAGACAGCAGCCGUUCCCCCCUGCAGACGUGGGCCUUGGCUUAGUCCCAGAAAGCGACUAUCUGGAGGUGGCCCGCACUCGCUCUGAAUGCUCAGACCACAGCAGCCCCAACAUCACCCCCCGUGCCUCCAACCACUCCAACUUGUCCGUGUCUGAGCUGGGAAGCUCUGCCAAUGAGCACGAAGAUGGUGAGGAGGACUCUAAUACUGUCAGAGUGGGCAACAUAGCUUUCCGUCCCAAAGAGGUCUUGGGUCAUGGUGCUGAGGGCACCAUUGUGUACAGGGGUCAGUUUGACAACCGUCCAGUGGCAGUGAAGAGGAUUCUCCCGGAGUGCUUCAGCUUUGCAGACCGCGAAGUCCAGCUGCUGAGGGAGUCAGACGAGCACCCAAACGUCAUCCGCUACUUCUGCACCGAGAGGGACCGUCAGUUCCAGUACAUCGCCAUUGAGCUGUGUGCUGCCUCACUUCAGGAGUAUGUGGAGAGGAAGGAUUUUGACCGUCAUGGACUAGAGCCGGUUAUCCUUCUUCAGCAGACCAUGUCAGGACUGGCCCAUCUGCACUCUCUCAACAUAGUCCACAGGGACCUGAAACCCCACAACAUCCUGGUCUCCAUGCCCAAUGCCCACGGUCGGGUCCGGGCCAUGAUCUCCGACUUUGGGUUGUGUAAGAAGCUAGCAGUGGGCCGCCACAGUUUCAGUAGAAGGUCUGGGGUGCCGGGCACUGAGGGCUGGAUCGCCCCCGAGGUUCUCAGUGAGGACUGCAAAGACAACCCGACCUGCACUGUGGAUAUCUUCUCUGCUGGCUGUGUGUUCUACUACGUGGUGUCUGAGGGAAGUCACCCUUUUGGCAAGUCUCUGCAGAGGCAAGCAAACAUCCUACUGGGCACAUACAGCCUCGACCAUCUGCAGACUGAUAAACACAGGGACAUUGUAGCCAGAGAUCUAAUAGAGCAGAUGCUGAGCGUGGAGCCACAUAGGAGGCCUUCAGCCGAGAGUGUUCUCAAACACCCUUUCUUCUGGAGCCUGGAGAAGGAGCUGCAGUUCUUUCAGGAUGUGAGCGACAGAAUAGAAAAGGAACCGCUGGACGGACCAAUCGUGAGGCAGCUGGAGAGAGGAGGGAGGGCUGUUGUCAAGGGUGACUGGAGAGAACACAUCACAGUGCCACUGCAGACAGAUCUGCGGAAAUUUCGCUCCUACAAGGGUGGGUCAGUCAGGGACCUGCUGCGUGCAAUGAGAAACAAGAAACACCAUUACCGAGAGUUGCCUGCUGAGGUACAGGAGACUCUAGGCUCCAUCCCUGAUGACUUUGUCUCCUACUUCACUUCCCGCUUUCCCCACCUGCUGAUGCACACGUACCUGGCCAUGCGGACCUGUGCAUCUGAGAGGCCAUUCCUGCCUUAUUACUCCACUGCAGAGCAGCUCGCAAAAACACAGGCCCAGUACACAUAUCUCGGGCCACAAAGACAAAAUGAGCCAUACACUCAACAGCUGCCAACAAACACAUCAUCACCCUCCUCACAACCCCAGGAACCUACCUGUUCUUCACAGCCUGUGCAGGUCUCUCACACAACACCUGCUGAAUCAGUGCCCUCUGCAUCACCACCUGAGCCUGUAUCCUCACAUUUGCCAGUUCAGACAGUGCAGCCAGCAGCGCCAGCACUGCCCACACAGACUGACUUACACAGUCAAACAGUGAACCCCACAUUUGCCUCAGAAUCCCAUACAGAUCUCCUCAGACAAGGAGAGUCCAGUCAGCCUGAGAUACACACUCUGCCAGAUCCCUCUACACUGGACAAUGAACCAGUGUGAACUGGACCAGAGUCAGGUGGACCCAGCACAGACGGGAGCAUUGCCUUCAAGAGUGGGCACCAAGUGGGACUCGGUUGUUGCGCCCUGAGCUGGUGAGGACCAGGCCUGCAGUGCCUGGGAUCCACUGCCAGGUGCAACAGCUGCACCCUGAGUUAAGUGCCUUCUGCUCACCUGGGUUAAAAUGUUCCCCAACAGACCCGUCCACAAGUCCGUCUCUGCCUCGAGGAAGUCGGACAGCCAAGAGGGUGUUGUUGGACAUUCUCUUGUAGCUGGACUGAGUAAAGAGAUUUUUUUAUUUUAUUUUAUAACAGCAUGCCCAAAAACGUGUUUGUCCCAAAAAUAUUUGGCCUCUAUUGUGGGAAACAUGUCUGGAUGUUGUUGAACACUUGGGUAGUUUUAUUGUGCAAUGUUGUAUUUCUCAGUGAGCCUGUUCACUGCACAGAUACUAUAUGUAUAUUUUUGUAUAGACUGAUUCAGAAUUUGGAUCAUUGAUGAUAAAUCAUUUAAUGUGGCUGAUGUGCCUUUUUUUUAAAAUAUAUCACUGUGCUGAAUGGGUACAGAUCUUUAAAAUUGACUAUGCUAAAUGUGCUUGAUUCCAGUUAAUGCUGCUAGACUGCUUCUCUUUUGUCAAUCAAGACUAUUGUGCUGACUUGGUGAAAGUGGACUGUUCCAAAGGGUGUUCAGGGUGGCAUCUGAAUACUGUAGGUAAUUUUAUUCUCAUGUGAUUAUGUAGUCAAAGAUGCGUUUAGAGGUCAGGCUGCAAAACUCUCAUGUAUGGUAACUUUUCAUGGGUGUCACCGUGAAGUUAAUGACUUUCACAUUAAAUUCUUUCUUUUUUUUUUAAUACUAAGAUUUUGAGUGUUGAUUGAGAUUGCUGCAUCUGGAAUAUUUAACUACAGUCAGUGCCUAAAAGAAACAACUUACAUUUAAUAAAUAUUUUUUUACAGGUGCUCGAAGCAGCUGGUAUGCCCUGGUUGUCUAUGUCUAUGACUGUCUUAGCUAUUGCUACAGCUAAGGCUAGAGUAGCCUACAGUGAAACCUUUCUCUGGGUUUUGGAGCAUUUCCAAACAAAAGCAGGAGUUUUAAUACAAGCGAAUGAAGCAGGCCUCUGCCACAAAGACUCAGCAAGGUAACACAGAGCCAGUGUGUGAGUCAUUAUGCCCUCUCCAAGGACCUGACAUACAUGUUAAUAUAUCAAAAAACAGACUCGCACAUCAGAAUAUAAACCGAUGAAUACGAGUGAACUUAAAAUGCAAUUUAGCCAGAUGGUAACAAUCAAAGAUCCAACAUCGUGGGAAAUAUGCUCUAGAUGAGAAGAUCAAUAUCAGUUUCAUCUCUGCACAUUCACUGCCCUUCUUCUUUUACUUCGCUUCAAAGGCUCUGUGGGCGUCCACCCUGUUGUGUAACUGCUUUCAUGCUCACCUGAUGUGUUUGCCUUCAACAGCAGCCCAUAAUAAGUGCAAGGCUUUUAAAGAGAAUAUGAUUAACACUACAGUUGUCUUGCUAGUCACUGAUAAGUAAAUUUGAAUGAUUUCCUUUGGCGGCACAGACACUAAAAAAUAAAAGUGAGCUUGUUGUGCCGUUUUGCAUAAUUCUGCAUAACUUGCCUGCAGCAUUAAAAGUUUAGUGAAGUUCAGUUUAUCUUGGCUGUGUGGUAUCCGCUGGAGGUGGCACUGGACCGUAUGUACUUCAGAUAUUUAUUUCAAUUAGAUGUAUUACUGUGACAACUGUUUGUGUAUGUUGUGUUGAAUGUCUUCAACUAUAAGGUCACAAAGCUAUUUUCUUUUUUUCCUUCCCAAUUUUUUUUUCAUUAAUCUCUUUCUGUUAAUUUAUUUCAAUAAAGUCAAAUCAAUUGAAGCUGUCAGUUGGACUGAUAUCAGUCAACAUAAAAUGAUAAUUAAACAGUGUUUUAUAUGGA